UUUUAUUCUCCACAUUUAUAACUUCCUGAUCAAGGCAUAUCAAAAGCGAAAGUUACCGUUGAUUUACGCAGUCCCAUGAUGCAAUUGAGAUGCUUUUGUUUAUUUGAUCGCUUGUAUAUAUAUUUUUGUAUUCUUUGGAACUGUUUUCUUGUCAAUACAUUCUAAUCGGAGAUGGGGCGCGUUAAAAAAAAUGUGUGUAAAUGCUCUAAGAAUACCAGAGCGCACAUGACUAUAUUUGCAGCGGCCAGCUGGAUACAGGGAAACCGACGUUACUUCUGUGAUCGGCGUGACAUUCCCACCAACCACCGGCCUUGGAGUUUACCGACCGCCGUGAAAGCGUCAGUAUUUGUAGUGUUCGGGUUUGCUAAAGGUCCGGGAUGUAGGAACCUUAAACCUUUGUUUCGUGUUUCCGUUCGGUACUAAAACAGACGGACACUCCAAACACUGAACUGGGAAACACUGCACUGGCUUUGGGUUCGGGAAGCGGGUUGUAUUUCUUUUAAGACUGCGAUUAAUUAUGGAAGACCAAGAGAUGCAGCUUAAAGUAAAGCGAGUGACGGACAAGUUCACCGAGAGCAUGUACGUGCUGGGCAACGAGCCCUCGGUGGCGCUGUACCGCCUGCAGGAGCACGUGAGGAGGUCCCUGCCGGAGCUCGUGCAGCACAAGACGGACAUGCAGAGCUGGGAGGAGCAGAGCCAGGGGGCGAUCUACUCAGUGGAAUACGCGUGCAGCGCAGUGAAGGGCAUGACCAACAGCAGCUUCUACUUCAAGAGCAUCGACGGGCUCCUCCGGCAGGCCAUCGGCCUGAAGGACAGCAUUAACUCUUCUCAGGGACGCAGUGACGCGAGCCCCUCUUCCAGCCCCAGCGCCCCACCUCUGCCGACCCCACCCUCGUCUUCCUGAUUCCUCCCCCAGGUUAGUAGCCCCUCUGCUGGCAGGACGCGCCGAUCUCCUCUUCAGCUCGGACGCCUUUGCUGCCGUCUCUUGUUUGGAUUUCUCUGUGGUGCAAAGAAAAAAACAAAACCUUUCCCCUUUCUCAUCGCGGUAAAUCAGACCUUGGACCCACCGCCACAGGGCACUGACCGAUUCCAGACCCAUCAUCAAAACCAAACCCCUAAAUAAGUAGCAGAAGGAAUCAUCCCUACUCGAGGACUAGCUGCUUUGGUGGUCUUCUAGUUGGGAAUCUUUUGG